AUGAAUUUUAAACCUGAUUUACAAGGAUGGUAAGAUUAUGUUCAAACUCCAAAUACUAAUUAGUUAAAAUUAUUAAGUGAUUCACUUAACAACUACUAAGAAUAACCUAAACCUAAUAUGAAUCCCUUCAACAAUAAUUGGGUUAAGAAAUGCAUUACACAACAAUCUUAAUCUCCAAAAUAAAGGUAGCUUUAAAGAUCCCCAUUUGCUGAAUAUCGCAAGCAAUUCAAUAUAAGGAGAUAAGCGUCGCCCCUCUUCAGAGAACAUCAGUUUAAUUUUAGUUAAGACAACAAACAAGAAUUCUAUAGAAAUUUUAAUAACUCUCAUCAACAUAAAAAUCAAAAAUAAAGUCUAGUCUUUCAAAAUAUGCAAAGAUCUUAAAGACAACAAUUAAGAACAAAAUUAAUGAUGAUAUCCAAAGAUUUAAAUAAUUCUUAAAUUUAUCAUAUUAUUUAAUUAAUAAAUAAAUGA